AUGGAACUAUUAUUUUAUUUUAUAAAAUAUGAUAAAGAUGCUUUAGAUAAGCAUUUUAAUUAAAAGGAUCAACUAAUUUUAAGUUCAAAUUGCUAUUAAAUAUUGAAGAGAUUAAGAUGUUGAAUUUAAAAAAAUAUAUAAUGAAAAAGAAAAAGAUGGAACUGUUUUAAGAAUUUUAAGAUAAUUUAUAAAAAAAAUGAUUUUAGAUUAGAGUUAGAUUCAAUUAAUAUCAAGAGCAAUAGAUUUUUUGAAAAAAAUAAGAAGAGUUUACAAAAUUAUUGAAUGA